AUGCGGGCCGCCGUGCACAGCCUCACGGCGUACCUUGCCGUCAUCAGCGUGCUCUGCUUCUGGGGAAACCACUCCUUCUGGGGCGUGGCGCUCGCUGUAGGCGCUGCGCUCCACUUCCUCUACGUCAUGUCAGUGAUUGAUAGAUUUCCAUUUACAAUGCUAGUACUGCAAAAGGCAAUAAAGAUGGUCUGGGAACUUCCAGAUGUGAUGAGAGUAGCAUAUGCAUUUGUACUGGCUUUAUCAGUCAGUUUGUUUUGGACUGGAGCUGUCCUUAGUAAUACAGUCCAUGUCAUAGUAUCAGGAAUGGUGUUCCUUGUUCUCAUUCAUGGUGGACAAGCUGCUGCGUCGAUGCCCCCCAAACCACUUCUAAAGUCACUUCAGUAUGCUGUUACAACUUCUUUUGGAAGCAUUUGCUAUGGAUCACUCUUUACGGCUGCCAUUAGGACUUUACGUUGGGAGAUUAGAGGAGUUCGUUCUAAAAUUGGCAACAACGAGUGUCUUCUGUGCUGUGUUGAUUUUUUCUUUCAUAUUGUGGAGACGCUUGUUCGUUUCUUCAACAAAUAUGCAUAUGUACAGAUAGCUGUCAACGGACAGAGUUUCAAUCGUUCAGCUAGGGAUGCUUGGGAGCUGUUCCAGUCGACUGGCAUUGAAGCACUUAUUGCUUAUGAUUGUUCUGGUGCUGUUCUUUUGAUGAGCACAAUAUUAGGUGGGUUAAUUACAGGAACUUGUACUGGUGUUUGGACAUAUUUCACACAACGUGAUAAAGCAAUUAUGGUUGGCUCGACCUCUAUGCUGAUUGGCAUGAUACUGGUUGGGCUAGCUGUCGUGGUUGUUGAAAGCGCAGUUACAUCAAUAUACAUAUGCUAUGCUGAGGACCCUCUUCUAAUUCAGAGAUGGGAUCCUGAAUUUUUUGAGCAAAUGUCAGAAGCACUGCACCAGCGACUGCAGUACCGAAGCUCCAGAGCCCGCCAAAUACUGAACGGUCGGCUUGAUCAUUUGCCAGAUACAUCAAGUAUUUGA